GUGUAUAUUUUAAAGAUCUUGAUGAAAAGUUGAUAAAUCAUGACCCUCCAUUAAUGAUGGAUGCUUCGUCUGUAUUGGACACUGUAACACUUCCGGCACUGUUGAUAGUAUCGAAAUUUUUAUUGGCCGCUGGCCUUGAAGAUAAGAGUGAAAAGAUUUGGGUAAAAACUUGGAAAAGAACCAAUUUGAAUGUUACGAAACCUCCAAUCGAAGCGAAAUCGUUAGCAGGCUUCCAAAAUUUUGAAACCAAAUCUGGGGAUCAUCUUUACAAACAUAUGACUAAGUUCCCAGAUUCUACUCCAUACAUUACUAAUCUUGCCUUUAAUAUUGCUUACGGUCAUGAAAGUAAAAUUAUUCUACAAGCUCCUGAUGAAUUCAUCAUCAG